AGGCUGUGUGCUGAUAGCUGCAGUCAGCUGGGUAAUUUGCUUCGUUCCCAAAAGCUAUAUUAUGGGGAUAUGAGAUUGAUUAUUUGAAAUAAAAACAGUACAGUAUUUUUUCAUUAAUUCUGCUCAGAAGGAAUUUGCAGAAAAUCUGUUAGUCCUCAGGAAGAGCUAAACUCAAAGCAACAAAAUGACAAAAGUAGAGUGAAGCGGCAGAGUUUAACAGUCCAUUUACUUAUUUUCUGCACUUAUUGUUUUAUUUACUUUUCUGGUUAAAUAGUUGUUGAGGAGAUGGUUCAAAGGAGAAGCAAUGGAUCUAUUAAUCAUUAAGAAAGAGCCUGACUUGUUUCCUGCAUGGCAGCUAGUAAAUUGUCUUCCCUUGAAGAUCAGCGAGGUGUUUAUAGUAAGCAGCAUUCCUUCUGCCUAAGUAAGUUCUACAGAAGGCGGGUGAGGGUGGAUGUACAGUACUACAGCUCUUGGUAUAGUGGUUCAGAAUUAGCAAGCUGUUAAGUGAUAGUAGUUAUAAAAUACAUACUUAAAUUUGGGAUGUUGCCUUGGAUUUAGCCACUCUUCUUUACCCUUUAGCGUUUUGAUUUUACUUUUGAAUUAAACUUUUGGUAAGAAAUUAUGAAUUUGAGGCAGUCUUGAAUGUAAUAUCUAACUAGCAACUGAAGUGAAACAGAAGUCAAACUGACAGGACUGUGGUAUUAUGUAGAUCUAGGAGCAUCUUUGGUAUCCCAGGUCAGAGUAUUGCCCUGGGUAUUCUCUUGGAUUCUAGUUAGAAAACUGAAUGUGUUUGAGAUUUGUUCCCAAGUAAUUAUCUGGACUUGCUGGUGUCAGUGUUCUUUGUAAGCAGAUCAAAUAAGGAUUUUGCUUAUUGUAGGGGAUUUCUUUUUCUGUUACUCUGCAGAGUGGCUGCUUCCCAGUAUCACAGUAAUAUUUGCAUACAAUUGAACCCAUCUUAGCUUCAGGUUAGGGAGAGAAUAAUGAGGCUUGUUCUUCGUAGACUGGAUGUGUGUAGCAGUGGUUCAAUAUUCUCUUUUCUAGACACUGUAGACUUGUGUGAGUGCUGGCGAACCUGUGGUGGUACCAUUCUUUCAUAUUGAACUAGGGAUUAAGAGCUGAAUUCUAGCUACCCUUUGCCAACUAACUUAGAGAGGCUUCAGCUUCCUGUGCCUGAUUUCAGGUGCUUAAUAGUGCUUUAACUGGGAAUACUGAGUGUAUAUUCUUGUAAGUCAGCUACUUUGUGAUGUUAUCUUAAAAGUGCUCCGGUGAUGUUGUAUAGCUUUAGUAUGAUCAAUUUGAGCCCUACUUUGAAGAGGUUUGUAUUUUAGUAAUUAAAAGACAAGUUCAGUGCCCAGGAGUGUUUUUAACAUUGCUUUACAUUCUUGUACUCGCCCUUCGUCUGCGGUAACCUUCUCUGUUCCCUUUUUCUGUUUUUAGCUAUUUGCCCUACAUUGGCUUUUCCACCAAAUGACGAUUCUGGUUGUUCAGUCUAUCCCUGUCCUCUAUCCUUCCCAUACUGCUCAGCAAUUCUACUCAUGCCUCUUGUGUUCCUUACUUUUUGAAGUAGGGAAGAAUUGGCACUGAAGGCUCGCAUUCAGUUCUGGGAUUUGUUACCAGGCCAGAGCAGCAGACCUGUCAGCUGCAGGGGGGAAUUCUGCCUGUCUUUCUAGCCCUGCGCUGAAGCAUGCUGAGGUGGGAAAAGUUUGGUUGAGGUAGGUUUUGUCUCCUAUGUGUACAUGUGAACAGAUGUUUACAAGCUCUGAAGCUGUCCGCAUCCAGGUAGUACAACAUAAGCAAAAAAGCGUGUUUCUGGGACUAUAGUUGCUGAUGUCCUAUUAAAAAUCAAAAUGGAGUAUAACUUCUAUUUUGAGAUAUCCUGUACUUUUCAGAAGGAUUUUUGGGCCUGAUGUUAGACUGUUAGAUGUUAGGAGUGAAUAAGUCCUUGAUAUUGUGUAAACACUGAUCAGCAACAAAGCAUUGAUGUGUUAUCAGCAUUAUUCCUGUCCGAACUCCAAAACACAGCACCAUUCCAGCCUCUAGGAAGAAAACUAACUCUAUCCCAGCCGAAACCAGGUCAAAGAGGAUGAGAGAUUAGUACUUAUAUACUGUCGUAUUUUAUUCUUCUGUGUCCCUGAUUUCUGAAAGAGGUGGCUCAGCUCUUCUGGAAGUGAUUGAACAGCAGUGCUUGAACCACUGGAGUUUUCCUACAGCCUGUUAUUGUAGGCUGAAAUUGUUGUAGCUGAGCAUGGGCUAUAGAUUGUAUCUGUUCCAGUGAGCUGCUUUGCAGUCACUUUUGCAGAUGUCAGUAACCUGCACUGGAAGUGAAUGCGUGUCUGGAGCUCUUUUGCUUGUAGUUGGAUUCUAAACUUUUGCAUGUGGCUUAGUUCUUAGUUUGUAUGCAUUUAUAUCUGUUAGGGUAUGAUACACAAUGGUUGUAUUGUUUAACUCAAUAAAACAAAGUCCCUGAUAUUUACUGCCUAUAUUUCUUAGUAAAUAAGAGAAUUAGAGAGAUCUUCCUUUGUCUUAGUUCUUUAUAGCCCUACUGACCAAAGUUUUCAUGUUGUAUAGUUUUAGUGGAGCAGGUAAAGGGUGUAGUAUAAAGUUCUUUUUCCUUGGAAUCUGCAUUGACAGCCCAGUAUCUCUGAUAUGCUGGGUCUUACUUUGAUGCUUGUACAAUGAUAACUUGGUCCCCUUAAGCUAUGAGCUCCUCUGGGAGAAGGCAUCACUGAUAACCAAGCAUGAUGUGCAGGCUCUUUUUUCCCCCCCCCAGCCAGGCCUUCUAGGGAGUUGGAUUGGUUUUAGGGUCCAUCUGAGACGCUCUUAUUUUUACUUAGUGAUAAAGUUUGUUUUGUGUAUGUAUGCUGUCCUAUUGUUCAGGUCAGCAGAGCAGGUAGUAAAUAGCAUUUGUCCCAUUACUGACUUCAGGGUACGCCACUAGUGUGUGGCCUCGGGUUGGACUUUGUGCUGCUCAUUAUAACCCUUUAAACCCAGCAGUUCAGCCAGUUUACAGCCUAUCUCACCGACUGAUCUAGUUGGUACUUCAUCAGCCUGUCUGUGAGUAUGUGAUGGCAGCAGUUUAAAGGCCUUAAAAGAGAUAAAAUCUAUUGGUCAAGUGUUGUUGCUGCUUCGUAAAUCCAUGGUGAGUAAUCCCAGUCACCUUGCCCUUCAUGUGUUUGGCUUUGUGUUCCUUACCAGGUUAAACCUUAGAUGGGCUCUGGCUUUCCUAACCUCAUCCCUGCACUCAGUGUCUCACAUCUUCCUGGGUCGUAUGGCCCAAUUUCCACCUCUUCUGUUUUGUUGUUUGAGUUUUGUCAGAAAUACCCUGUUCAAUAGCUGGGAUAGAAUUCAUUUUCUUCCUAGUAGCUGCUUUGGUGCUAUUUUGGAUUUAGAAUGAGAAUAAUGUUGUUAACUGUUGUAGUUGUUGCAGAGCAUUGCUUGCACUAAACCAAAGACAUUUCAACUGCUCACAUUGACUUGCCAGUGGGGAGCAGGGAGUGUCCAGAACCAGGACAGCUGUCCCAAACUGUCCAGAGGAAUAUCCCAUACCACAUGAACACUGUGCUGAGCAAUAAGUUAAAUGGCAACAGUCACUCAUGCUGCUUUCUUCUCACUUUUGCUUAACAUCCUGCCUGCAGCAACAGACCAUUUCUGAGCUUGGAGGAAGUGAUUGUUGAGAAGUCUCACCUGUUUACAGGUCUUAAAAAUGAGGGAGUAACAGAGUAUCACUCUUUUAUCCUUCAGUUCUCAGUAUCUUUCUCCUGGAAGAGGUGGAAGUAUUAGGCCAGUAGAGCAUAUUUAGUGAAACCAAGAACACUUACUGAGUUAGUAAAUACUGAGUUACCUUUCUACAUCGGUUCUCUGACUCUAGGAAGCUAUGUGAGGUUUGUUGGAGCAUUUGGUGCUACUCUUUCUGAAAUGCAGUGGACUGUUAUGACUUUGAAAAGUAUUGUCUGGAAGUAAAGAGUUGUGCUUAGGUAUAUGGAGGGCUUUGUUAUAUUUUUUUCUAUCUGUGCAGACAGCAUUUCAACGUUCACAUCGAAAUGAUUUUUUUGCUGCUCUGAAAAUCAUCACACCUUAUUCUGGUUUUUUUAAUUGCUCUUCCAGAAUAUCCUGGCAGUGUAAUGAAUUGUCACCAGUUUUCCCUUCUGUUAACUAUUAAUGGUGUGAAAGAGGUUUAGAAAUCUGGGCUUCUUAGGUCUUCAAAACAAGUGAUAAAAUAUAUUAUCUUAAAUUAUAUUUAUGUAAGAUAUAUAAUAUAUGUAUUAUAUAUAAGGCAUAUCUUAAAAUAUUCAUAUCUUCUAGUCUUUGCUGGUCCCUUGCACAUAUUUAAAUAUUAAUUUAUUGAGUUCUACCAGUUCAACGCUUAAUACAAAAGUGAUUCUUUAAUGCAUCUGCACAGCUUGUUUCUUGUAGAACGUGUUAUUAGGAAAUAGUUGCUAUUGUGUGUUUAAAACCCUGUGAUGCAUUUGUCUUGCUCAGCUUUUAGUUUUAUACAUAAAUGGGCUUUUCAAAACUGGCUCACAACCUUCUGGAUGAAUGCUGCAUAGCCUGGUAGAACUGUAAUCUGGGUGGGCCGUGGCUUCCACAUGGCAUGGCUAGAUCUGUUCAGGCUCAGGAACCUGAUGAAGCUAAUGCAUUGCAACAGUCUUGAUGUUCCAUUGCUAACAUCUCUAAACCAGCAGCAUUUUUAUAACUACUGCUACUCACUAUGAAGAAUGAAAUACCGCCUGGGUUUUGAUACUCCUGACAUUAAUACAUGUGUUUAUGUUCCUGUGACUGGAUAAUCUUUUCUUUGGAAGCUACCUUCUCCAAAUAGUGUGUCUCAGCAGGAAGCUCAGCUAUGUAUGGAUGGAUUCAUUCUUCGAGGACCUAUGCUUUGCUGGAGCACUAUUUUUAGACCUGUGGAAAGUAACAUGGAUUGUCUGUGUCUCUGUAGCUGUUCUCUGAAAGUGGAUCAAAGAUAGAAAUAUCCAAUAAAUGCAUCUGUUAGAAGCUUUCAUUUCAAACCCCUGCGCUGUCACUUCGAGUUAAUUUGGAGCCUCUGAGGGUUCAGGUUGCCAACUAUGAAUGCCAAGAGAUGAAAAGAGGCGAAGAGGAACCUGCUCCUUCACUUCCAAGUUGGAAGAUGGGGAAGAAAAGCAGAGUGAAAACACAGAAGUCAGGUACAGGAGCCACAGCAGCAGUAUCUCCGAAGGAACUGUUGAAUCUGACGAGCGAGUUGUUGCAAAAAUGCAGCAGUCCUACCCCAGGUCCUGGUAAGGAAUGGGAAGAAUAUAUACAGAUUCGUUCACUUGUUGAGAAAAUUCGCAAGAAACAAAAAGGUUUGUCUGUUGUCUUUGAUGGAAAAAGAGAUGACUAUUUCCCUGAACUGAUAAAAUGGGCAACUGAAAACGGAGCAUCCACAGAGGGUUUUGAAAUAGCUAACUUUGAAGAGGAGGGGUUUGGUUUGAAAGCCACGAGAGAGAUAAAGGCUGAAGAGUUAUUUCUGUGGGUACCUAGAAAACUGUUGAUGACAGUUGAGUCAGCUAAAAACUCAGUAUUAGGUUCCUUGUAUUCUCAAGAUCGAAUUCUUCAAGCCAUGGGCAAUAUAACACUGGCAUUCCAUCUUCUUUGUGAGCGAGCCAACCCCAACUCUUUCUGGCUGCCCUACAUCCAGACUCUCCCCAGUGAAUAUGAUACUCCUCUCUACUUUGAAGAAGAUGAAGUGCAGUAUCUUCGGUCAACCCAGGCCAUACACGAUGUUUUUAGCCAAUAUAAAAACACAGCUCGACAAUAUGCGUAUUUCUACAAAGUUAUUCAGACCCAUCCUAAUGCCAGCAAACUACCCUUAAAGGAUUCUUUCACUUAUGACGACUACAGAUGGGCAGUUUCCUCUGUUAUGACACGGCAGAAUCAGAUUCCAACAGAAGAUGGUUCCAGAGUUACAUUGGCUCUAAUACCUCUAUGGGACAUGUGUAAUCAUACCAAUGGACUGAUCACUACAGGCUACAAUUUAGAAGAUGACCGGUGUGAAUGUGUAGCACUUCAAGAUUUCAAGGCUGGAGAACAGAUUUACAUUUUUUAUGGCACUCGGUCAAACGCUGAAUUUGUGAUCCACAGUGGUUUUUUCUUUGAUAAUAAUUCACAUGACAGAGUGAAAAUAAAGCUUGGUGUGAGUAAAAGUGACAGGCUGUAUGCUAUGAAGGCAGAGGUCUUAGCUCGUGCUGGUAUCCCAACGUCUAGUGUUUUUGCCUUGCACUCCAUUGAACCUCCGAUCUCUGCCCAGCUUCUGGCUUUCCUUCGAGUGUUUUGUAUGAAUGAAGAAGAGCUGAAGGAACACUUGAUAGGCGAACAUGCCAUUGAUAAAAUCUUCACUCUGGGGAACUCUGAGUUUCCCAUUAGCUGGGACAAUGAAGUUAAACUUUGGACAUUCCUAGAAGCCAGAGCAUCCCUUCUUUUGAAAACCUAUAAAACAACGGUGGAGGAUGAUAAGUCAUUCUUGGAGACCCAUGACCUUACUUCACAUGCGACAAUGGCUAUCAAGUUGCGGUUAGGUGAAAAAGAGAUCUUGGAGAAGGCAGUAAAGAGUGCUGCUGCUAGCCGAGAGUACUAUACAAAACAAAUGGCAGAUGGAGCUCCACUUCCUAAAUAUGAAGAGAGCAAUAUUGCCUUGUUGGAGAACACUGUGGCGGACUCCAGACUCCCCAUUGUCUUGAGAAACCUAGAUGAUGUGGAAGAGCAAGGGGACUUAAAGAUUGAUGAAGCUAUGGAUGCGGAAGUCACAGAAAAUGGGUUUGUAAAUGGUGAAAACUCUCUAUUUAAUGGGACCAAAUCAGAAAGUGAAAAUUUAAUUAAAGAGGAAAGCAACAGAGAGACUGAAGAUGCCAAAGAAUCUUCUUCAGAAAGUACUGAUGAGGUUAAAGAAUAGUCCUAAAAUUUGAUUUUCUUGUGAAAUUAAAUUAGCUGAAGUUUAUGAACAGUGCAUUUAUGUUGGUGUGUUUCUUUGUUAACAUUUCUCUUUCUGCAGAGAAAAAUGUUUUUGCUGCUUUAUAUAAAAAUGAAUUUUUAAGUUAUUAAAAAGGUUUAGCACCCCUUUUCAAUUAAGAUUGCCAUCUUGCUUUCAGGCAAAAACUGGGGAUAGAGGUGCCUUUGGAAGAUUUUGCAGCCCUUUGUUGAACCAAAUGUAUUUUCUUCCUGGGGAAGAAUUAAGCUCUUCUAUCUGCUGUGCUUUUGUUGUUCUGUCACUCUGACUACCGAAAUUAAAAGCUUGCUCUGCCUCCUGCCAAGAAAGGCAGAAGGCAGGACUGACUCGGUAUUCAGCACGAAGGUGGGAGAGCAGUACAGCAGAAAACUGGAUAAGAGGAUCAGAAACUUGGGAGACUUGAUGAAAACCUGUUUAAAAUCAGGUAUGCCAGUCCAGAAAAAGGUAAGGUGGCAACCUUAUGAUUGGUAGUUUUAAAUGUUGAUGAGAAUCCAAAUUGUAUACACUUAAAGUGAUCUCUGAAAAUUUCAGUUUACCUUGUCUUUGUUUACUGUAUAAAAAUAUCUCAUCUUUCUUCUUCAGUCAGAGCUAGGCUGCUGCAAUACUACUACAUUCACCAACUUUUAAAGGCUGACUUUUUAUUUCCAGGUUGUACUUGUUGUUAUUUACAAGGUUGGCAGUGCUACUGGAGAGUUUGAAAGCAGAUAGGCCAAGCCACAGCUUUAAAAUGUACUGUUCAAAGUGAGGUUGCUUCCCAGCUUCUACAGGUUUUCACAAUUAGCUAGAGAUUUUCAAAGCUCCACUUUUGACUAAACCAUUAUUAAAAGGAAAAUAUGAUUAAUAUUCCUGUCUGCUACUCCUUCAUUUCUUUGUUGUUGGAUGUAACACUGAAUGUGACAUGGUUACCUGAUCCUAUUCAACUUCGUCUUUUGCUUAAGAUUCUCAUUGACACUGUUUUCAUGAAGGAAAUGGCAGGUAGGCUAAUGGAUUUUGGGCCCAAGUGCAAACCAAAGCCUAGUCUGCGGUAUACUUUGCCAUUUAUAGUGUGUCUUUUUGAUGCACGUUUCUCUGGAUACCUCCAUAGGUUAACCAGGUUUAUUCUCUCCAGCAAUUUUGGUCACCGUCGUACCAUUUUUUAACUUACAGUUGAAAACAGUACAAUCCUACCAUAGUGCAAUAUCAGGACAAGGGUGAUUUCAAGGUCUGACUUUGAAAUUAUCUGUUUGUUGGAAGGAGAGGAGGGUGGAAUGUUUUCUUUUUGUGAGUGAAUGGAGAGGUAUAUGAGGUGAUUUAAUUCUUCUCUCAGUAUUAAGGACUUCAUCUUUUACCCUUGUUUCCUUAAAAUCAAGAUAUUGGAAAGAGUGGAGAAGCUUGGACAGCAGUUGAAAGUUCAAUAAAUGUUGCAAGCUGUUCAUCCAAGAUCAGUUGCAGUUAAGUGUCUUUUGACAUAUAGAUAGUUUUAUUACAUUUUGCUUCUUUCAUACUACAACUUGGAAAAUGUGUUUUUGCAGAAGUUUUUGGUGCAAUGCACAGAAGUAGUGACUUUCAGGUUGUCGUAGCAGUUUUGGUGUUCAGCUAGUGUCAGUGUGGGGAAAAUUAAGAAACAAAUAAUAGUUUUUUAAAAAAGAAUAUUUCACUAAGAAUGGCAUGUUGCCAUUGCACCUUGGGUAUUGCUUCACCACUAACAAGAUGCUGGACCAGUAUUUUUGUAACUAUAUGCUGCCUUUGGUAGAAUGUCAUGAAUUGUUGUCUUGACAGUUUAAAUGUCAUACAGAAGUAGUUACUGAUCACUUUUUAUUAGGACCAAUAUUCCAUUUCUGUUUCUGCCAGCUACAUUGCACAACACUGUCGUAGAUACUAUGAUGAAAUCCUGAUUCUAGCCUUCCUGAAAAUUAUAACUGUAAUCCGGAAUUUACAUGCUUUGAUUCAAUCUAAUACACUGUAUUUUGUUCCAGUAUUUGCUGAUAACUAUGGCUUAGCAAAGCCUGUGGUCACCACAGGACAGGAUGUGUGGGUUUUCUUGAAUAAAAUAUAGUUCUACAAUA